AUGAUUUUCUGUAAGAUCGAGGAUGAACAGUCUCUUGGUGCUCAGCUUCAGAAGAAGAUCAAGGAACUCCAGGCUCGUAUUGAGGAGCUGGAAGAAGAGAUUGAGGCUGAGCGGGCUGCUCGGGCCAAGGUUGAGAAGCAGAGAGCUGACCUCUCCAGGGAGCUGGAGGAGAUCAGCGAGAGGCUCGAGGAAGCUGGUGGAGCAACAGCUGCUCAGAUUGAGAUGAACAAGAAGCGUGAGGCUGAGUUACAGAAGCUGCGUCGUGACCUUGAAGAAUCCACUCUGCAGCAUGAAGCUACCGCGGCAGCUCUCCGCAAGAAGCAGGCCGACAGUGUUGCAGAGCUGGGAGAACAGAUCGACAACCUCCAGCGUGUCAAGCAGAAGCUGGAGAAGGAAAAGAGCGAGUACAAGAUGGAGAUUGAUGACCUCUCCAGCAACAUGGAGGCUGUUGCCAAAGCUAAGGGCAACUUGGAAAAAAUGUGCAGAACUCUUGAGGACCAGUUGAGUGAGCUCAAAGCCAAAAAUGAUGAGAACGUUCGCCAGCUGAAUGAUGUAAAUGCACAGAGGGCAAGACUGCAGACAGAGAAUGGUGAGUUUACAAGGCAGCUUGAGGAGAAAGAAGCUCUUGUUUCCCAACUGACCAGGGGCAAGCAGGCGUACACUCAACAGAUUGAGGAGCUCAAGAGACACAUUGAGGAGGAAGUCAAGGCCAAGAAUGCCCUGGCCCAUGCUGUUCAGUCAGCCCGCCAUGACUGUGACCUGCUCAGAGAGCAGUUUGAGGAGGAGCAGGAGGCCAAGGCUGAGCUGCAGAGAGGAAUGUCCAAAGCCAACAGCGAGGUGGCUCAGUGGAGAACCAAAUACGAGACUGAUGCUAUCCAGCGCACUGAGGAACUGGAGGAAGCCAAGAAAAAGCUCGCCCAACGUCUGCAGGAUGCUGAGGAGUCCAUCGAGGCUGUGAACUCCAAGUGUGCCUCUUUAGAGAAGACCAAGCAGAGGUUGCAGGGUGAGGUGGAGGACCUCAUGACUGAUGUGGAGAGAGCUAAUGCUCUGGCUGCCAACCUCGACAAGAAGCAGAGGAACUUUGAUAAGGUCCUGGCAGAGUGGAAGCAGAAGUUUGAAGAGACCCAGGCAGAGCUGGAAGGAGCUCAGAAAGAGGCUCGUUCUCUCAGCACUGAACUGUUCAAGAUGAAGAACUCCUAUGAGGAGGCUCUGGAUCACCUGGAGACCAUGAAGAGGGAAAACAAGAACCUGCAGCAGGAGAUCUCAGACCUGACUGAACAGAUUGGUGAGACUGGAAAGAGCAUCCAUGAACUGGAAAAAGCCAAAAAGACAGUGGAGACUGAGAAAUCAGAAAUUCAGUCAGCCUUGGAGGAAGCAGAGGGCACCCUGGAACAUGAGGAGGCCAAGAUUCUUCGUGUUCAGCUUGAGCUCAACCAGGUCAAAGGAGAGGUUGACAGGAAGCUGGCAGAGAAGGAUGAGGAGAUGGAGCAGAUCAAGAGGAACAGCCAGAGAUUGAUGGAUUCCAUGCAGACUACUCUGGACUCUGAGGUCAGGAGCAGGAACGAUGCCCUGAGAGUCAAGAAGAAGAUGGAGGGAGACCUGAAUGAGAUGGAGAUUCAGCUGAGCCAUGCCAAUAGGCAGGCAGCUGAGGCCCAGAAACAACUGAGGAAUGUCCAAGGACAACUCAAGGAUGCCCAACUGCAUCUUGAUGAUGCCGUCAGAGGACAGGAAGACAUGAAGGAGCAGGUUGCCAUGGUGGAGCGCAGAAAUGGUCUGAUGCUGGCUGAGAUUGAGGAGCUGAGAGCUGCUCUGGAACAGACAGAGAGAGGACGCAAAGUGGCUGAGCAGGAGUUGGUCGAUGCUAGUGAGCGUGUCGGACUGCUUCACUCACAGAACACCAGCCUAAUGAACACCAAGAAGAAGCUUGAGGCUGACCUUGUCCAGGUUCAGGGUGAAGUGGACGACGCUGUCCAGGAAGCAAGAAAUGCUGAGGACAAAGCCAAAAAGGCGAUCACCGAUGCUGCCAUGAUGGCAGAGGAGCUGAAGAAGGAGCAGGACACCAGUGCUCACCUGGAGAGGAUGAAGAAGAACCUGGAGGUCACAGUGAAGGACCUGCAGCACCGUCUGGAUGAAGCUGAGAACCUGGCCAUGAAGGGUGGCAAGAAGCAGCUCCAGAAACUGGAAUCCAGGGUGCGUGAGCUGGAGUCUGAAGUUGAAGCUGAGCAGAGACGUGGAGCCGAUGCCGUUAAAGGAGUUCGCAAGUAUGAGCGCAGAGUGAAGGAGCUGACCUACCAGACUGAGGAGGACAAGAAGAAUGUGCUGAGACUUCAGGACCUAGUGGACAAGCUGCAGCUCAAAGUCAAGGCUUACAAGAGACAAGCUGAGGAGUCUGAGGAGCAGGCCAACACUCACAUGUCCAGGCUGAGGAAGGUCCAGCAUGAACUGGAGGAAGCUCAGGAGCGCGCUGACAUCGCUGAGUCACAGGUCAACAAGUUGAGAGCCAAGAGCCGCGACGCUGGAAAGAGUGAUUCUGCAGAAUAA